AUGGCUACCUCUCUCACUGCGACGCGGAGAGCCUGCCAGGCAACCCGUAGCGUCGCGGGAAAGCGAUUCCUGUCCGAUAUCACCAUUACCCGGACCGGCAAGCCCAUUCUGCGAACUGAGGGUGGACGGCCACACUGCGACAGUAUUUGGCGCAACCGGACAACUGGGUCGAUACAUUGUCAACAGACUGGGUGUGUUCUGCCGAAUUCAAGGAGGAAUAUGAGGAUUGAGGCUGAUACGGAGGAUGUAGCUCGCCAAGGAUGCACCGUCAUUGUCCCCUUCCGUGAGGAAAUGACGAAGCGUCACCUCAAGGUCACCGGUGAUCUUGGUCGUGUGAACUUCAUCGAAUACGACCUCCGAAAUACCCCCUCUAUCGAAGCCAGCGUGAGGCACUCCGACGUCGUUUAUAACUUGGUUGGCCGAGACUACCCGACCAAGAACUUCACCUUGGAGGACGUCCACGUUGAGGGUACCGAGAGAAUUGCCGAGGCUGUCGCCAAGUACGAUGUCGACCGUUACAUCCACGUAUCGUCUCACAAUGCCGACCCUAAUUCACCCAGCGAAUUCUUCGCCACCAAGGGACGUGGAGAGCAAGUUGCCAGGAGCAUCUUCCCAGAAACCACACUCGUGCGACCUGCGCCAAUCUUCGGUUUUGAGGACAACCUUCUCCUGAAGCUUGCUUCCGCUCUCAACCUUGUCACCUCAAACCACCUGCAGGAGCAGUUCUGGCCAGUUCACUCCAUUGAUGUUGGUAUUGCUCUGGAGAAGAUCCUCUAUGAUGACUCAACCGCUGGUCAGACCUUCGAGCUCUACGGCCCCAAGAAGUACAGCAUGGGUGAGAUCGCCGAGAUGGUUGACAAGGAAAUCUACAAGCAACGUCGCCACAUCAACGUCCCCAAGGCUGUCCUGAAACCCAUCGCCAAGCUGCUCAACCAGUUCCUCUACUUCAGAACCAUCACCGCCGAUGAGGUGGAGCGUGAGUUCCUGGAUCAGCACAUCGACCCGGAGGCCAAGACCUUCAAGGAUCUGGGCAUUGAGCCCGGUGACAUUGCCAACUUCACCUACCAUUACCUGCAAGGAUACCGUAGUCAGAACUACUACGACCUGCCACCGGCAACGGAGAAGGAGAAGAGAGAAGACAAGAAGUAUAUCCACGUUCUUGAUGAGCUGUAA